CUUUGUACACCCCGUUUGUAAUUUUUGGACUCUACUUUUUUUUCCCUCUCUCUGUCGUGUGUGUGCUCCAAAGUUUCCACACGUUCAUGGCGGCGAAGAAGCUUUAUGACAGUUUUUCCAAGGGUUUGAUCGAAGAGGUGCACAAAUGGGGUGCUAUGAAGCAGACGGGUGUGAGUCUCAGGUACAUGAUGGAGUUUGGUUCCAGACCCAGUGACAAAAAUUUGCUGAUUUCGGCUCAGUUUCUUCACAAGGAGCUUCCAAUCAGGAUAGCCAGAAGAGCUAUCGAGCUCGAGACCCUGCCUUAUGGCUUAUCCGAAAAGCCCGCUAUUUUAAAGGUGCGGGAUUGGUAUUUGGACUCUUUUCGUGAUCUUAGAUCCAUCCCGGAGAUUAAGGAUAGGAACGACGAGUUGGAAUUCACCCAAAUUAUCAAGAUGAUUAAGGUCAGACACAACAAUGUUGUUCCUACAAUGGCUUUGGGAGUCCAACAGUUGAAGAAAGGUCUGGAUCCUAAGGUUGGUUACCAGGACCUUGAUGAAAUUCACCAGUUUCUGGAUCGAUUUUACAUGUCAAGAAUUGGGAUUCGCAUGCUCAUUGGUUAG